AUGCAAAUUAGAAAGACGAGGUUUUUCUUGCCUCAAACCACCGAGAAGGAAGUAAAGAAGGAGCCGCUGUCACCUCCCAGAAGCAAGGAAAAAAGUCUAUUUGUUUCAGAUGAGGAAGAGGAAGAGGAGGUGAAAGAUGAAAAUGAAGAUACUAAUGCACAUUAUUGCCAAGUUUCACAAACUCAACUAGCGGUGAUCACCAUUGAAAAAUUUGCCAAAGGUUUGAAAGCCGUGGUUGGAGAUGUAUCACCUGUUAUCUUGAACUAUUUGUACAACAAAUACUCAACAUCGGAGAAAAGUGUACAAGCCGCCACGGAGGAAUUGUUCACUAACCCACCAGAUGUUGAUGAGUUGUUGCAACAAGAUGAAUUCACGCGUCGGCAAUUACAACACCCCGUAUUACAUACUUCCGCUUCAGAGACAAAUACAAAUGUGGAGCUUCAGUCGCAGAAGCGGAAGUUGGAAUCAGAUUUAAAAAUUCAGGAGAACGGGCUACAUAAGCGGGUUCAAUUGACACAGGAGAGAGGAGAAGAAAAGGAAGGGAAAGAGCUAAAGGAGGAGGUGGAGAAAAACGAUACGCAAUCAUGGCGCAAAUACGUAGGAACAAUAGAAGUGCAAGCGUGGGCAACAAGACCUACAAUAAAACCAUUAAAUUACAAAUCAUCUUUAGUCGUGAAACGGUUGAUACCGAGAAACUCCUCAAUGCAGAAAAGUUCAAUAAUUCGACUAUGUUCAAAUGAUCGUGAGAUUGGAAGGUUGCCUGAAGAUUUAACCAGAAUAUUCAGUCCCUUGAUUGACUUAAAUAUAGCAGAUUUUGAUGCUACUGUUUUAGAAACGACAAAAAAAAGGUUAUCAACGGGAGACUCCUUCUUUGUUCAAAUAGAGAUAUAUUUGAAGGAUACAGGAUUCGUUAAGAAUAUUGAAGAAGUGUUGAACCAAGCACCAACCAAGAAAGGAGUAAAUUUUAAUUUUGCUACCGAGAGUGAAGGGGAAGCUGCUUUGAGAUUGAGGCAGUUUGCAGUGUCCAAUCUAUUUGACAGAUUGAAGUUGAAGCCAUUGAAGUUAAACAGUGAGAGUAAAAUCGAGGAUUCCAUUGAUUCGCAAGUUAUUACCGCUGAUGUUAGUUUUGACUCUGAAGAUGAGGAACCUGUGGAUGAAGUGAAUCUUGAUCAACUAAAACAAUUCUACCAAGCUAAUAAUCAAUCUAAAGUUUUAGAAAGCUUACCAGAUACAACAACACCGCCAAAAGAAAAUUUCAAAUUGAAAUUGAGAGAAUAUCAAAAACAUGGAUUAUCCUGGAUGCUAGCCAGAGAGAAAGAAAUUGACGUAUUGGAACAAUGCUCGGGGGGUCAGGAAUUAUCAAUCGAGUCUAGAAAAAGUAUAGAAGAGACAGGAACUAUGAAUCCCUUGUGGCGAAAGUAUAGGUGGCCUACUUCUUCAGAGACCAUUCUGCAAGAUAUCCCACAUACACAAUAUGCCACCCAAAGUCAAAGUCAAAGUAGCUCUAGCUCUCCUUGUUUUUAUGCUAAUUUAUACAAUGGAGAACUAUCACUUGAGAGGCCGAUUAUUAAAACAAGUGUUAAAGGCGGAAUAUUGGCAGAUGAGAUGGGAUUAGGAAAGACUAUUGCAACUUUAGCGUUGAUAAAUUCUGUUCCUUACGAUACAAGUGGAGGUGCCUCAAAUGAUAGAAGGUACGCUUCUCAAACUACCUUGAUUGUUGUUCCGAUGUCCUUGUUAGCUCAAUGGAAGGAAGAGUUUGACACAGCAAACAAUAAUCCGAAUCACGUUUGUCACUUGUACUAUGGUGAUGAUACAUCAACGGACUUAAUGUCUGUAUUGUGUAAUAUAAAGAGGGGAUCUACGAAAAUGCCAAUUGUGGUGCUCACAACAUAUGGUACAGUUUUGAGUGAGUAUACAAGAAUAUCCAAAAAUCGAAAUUUCAAGGGAGAUUUGCCCAAGAUUGGUCUUUAUUCCGUUCGAUUUUUCAGAAUUAUUCUCGAUGAAGGUCAUAAUAUUCGUAACCGAAACACCAAAACUGCAAAAUCAGUAUAUGAACUACAACUGAGUAGGAAAUGGGUAUUAACCGGUACUCCAAUUGUCAAUCGCCUAGACGAUUUAUAUUCAUUGGUUAAAUUUUUGGAACUUGAUCCAUGGAAUAAUUUUUCAUAUUGGAAAACAUUUGUUACAUUACCAUUUGAGCAAAAGAAGAUUUCACAAACGUUAGAUGUUAUCAAGUCAAUCUUGGAGCCGAUUUUUCUAAGAAGAACCAAGAAUCAAAAGAAGAAUGGCAAGCCAUUGGUAGAAUUACCUGAAAAAGAAGUUAUUAUUGAGGAAAUAAAGUUUAACGACCAAGAAUCUAAGCUUUACCAGUGGUUUAAAACAAGAGCAUACGAAUCAUUUGCCGAAGGUGUCAAAAGUGGGCAGUUGCUACGUCAAUAUACCCAGAUCUUAACACACAUUUUAAGAUUGAGACAGGUUUGUUGUCAUGUGGACUUAAUUGGCGGUGCUCAUGAAAUGGAUGACGAAGUGAUUGAUCUCGAAGCUGAUGAAGAAAUGAAAAAGUUUUUAAAAUCUAUCAAAGAGCACAGUCAGAGGUUUGUUAAUGACACUGAGGUGAAGCAGAAAAUGUACCAGUUGUAUGAAUGUGUGAAGGAGGAAAAUGAAUGUUCCAUUUGCACCACGUCUCCCAUCCCAUACAGUGAGCUAACCCUUACUCCAUGCGGCCAUACAUUUUGUAUAUCAUGUAUAUUAGAACAUUUAGAAUUCCAAUCCGAUCUCCACAAGAAAAAGCUUUGUCCCAAUUGUCGAGAACCCAUAUCCAAAUACAAGUUGUUCCGGUUAAGAAAUCAGCAUACAACCAGUAACGAAAUCAGAUUUCAUACUCAACAACGUGACGGUCCUUCCAAGGAAUACGACUUUCAAAUAUAUUUGUAUGAUCCAAACCGAUCAAGUUCUAAAAUCCAAGCACUAAUCCGCCAUUUGAAACAAUUGCAACAGCAAUCACCUAAUCUGAAAGUUAUUGUAUUCUCACAAUUUGCUUCAUAUUUAGACAUUAUGGAAACCGACUUGAAACUUACAAGUGAUAAUUUUGUGGUUUAUAAAUUUGAUGGACGAUUAAACAUGAAUGAUCGAUCAAAACUCCUCAAGUCAUUUACCGAGCCAAUCACUGGUGGCAAAAUUUCCAUUUUAUUGCUAAGUUUGAAAGCAGGAGGGGUUGGAUUGAAUCUUACAACAGCCUCAAGAGCAUUCAUGAUGGAUCCUUGGUGGAGUCCAAGUAUCGAAGACCAAGCCAUUGAUAGAAUACAUAGAAUUGGUCAAAAUGAAACAGUUAAAGUUGUUAGAUUUAUAAUGGAAAACAGUAUUGAAACUAAGAUGUUGAGAAUACAGGAGAGGAAGAAACAGAUUGGUGAAGCUGUUGGUGUUGAGGAAGAGGAGAGACGUAGGAGACGAAUCGAGGAGAUACAGAUAUUGUUCGAAGAGUAA